AUGUCAGAGGCUGUGGUGGUGCCCCGCUCCUUCCGGCUGCUAGACGAGCUUGAAAAGGGCCAAAAGGGACAAGUGGCUGAAGGGGUUUCCUUUGGCUUAGAAGAGGCAGACGACAUAACUCUUACAAACUGGUCAGGGACCAUCUUCGGUCCCCCGGGGGGCGGAGCUGCCUCAGACCACUGCGUGGUUGCCGCUGGUGCUGCUGCUGCCGCCCUGCUGCAGCAGCAGCAGCAGCAGCGCCGCGCUGCUGCGGCGCGUCUUACUCUUUAG